AAACUGUGUAAAAAACAAAUCCUUCAAGACAAACAAGGGGUUUUUUGCGCGCUGCGGAUCACAUGGAGUCAGCGGAAGUGACGUAUGAGCACGGCCGAUUAGCUGUUACAGGAGGUUCUAAACCAGUUUGGGGGCUCAAAUCCAGGAUCUGGCUGGUUUGUGUACGGGAUCUGAAUGGAACUGAAACGGUUUGAAUUACAGUUAAAAGCAGAGAAAAAAGAAAACCACACAGGUACAGAAGGAAGUGGAACCGAUAUUCCAAGAAGACGACAUCGAGCCGAGUCAAAAUUGGGAAGAAUGACAUUACCAUGGCGAGUCUAUCAGAUGAUGAUGCUUAAGCACCCUUGGAAAGUCCAAAUACUGACUGCUGGUACUUUGGUUGGAUGCAGUGAUGUAAUUUCACAACAACUAAUUGAACGACAAGGAUGGGCAAAUCAUGACACAAAAAGGACGCUCAGGAUGACCACUGUUGGAUUAAUUUAUGUGGUAACUGCAGAUUCUAAAAUGAGUGUUAUAUGGAACAGAACAAAUGAUAUCUGGCCAACAGUACAAAUGCUAAAUUUCUACUUUGUACCGCUAGUAUACAGGGUGCUAUUAAUUCAAGUUGUUGCUCUGAUAUGGAAUACCUACCUCUCAUGGAAGGCAAACAGAAUUUAAGAUUUAUCUGAUUAAUUAAUCUCUUUUGUCACAAAACAGAAAUACUGAUGGUUUUUCUGAUCUACUUGACAUAACUUUCUAUUUACUGAAAUGCUAACAUUGUGGUGUAAUGCUGUUGCAGUCAUUCUGAAGUAAUAUUCUGAGACUUACAUUGCCCAGUCAUUUAGUUUUGUUUACAUUAGAUAUUUUCAAUAUCAUAGGUUGAAAUAGCAAUUCCUCUUCCCCACCUCAGAUGUUAAGGAUGCAGUUUCUAAUACAAAUUAGAUGGUUGAUUUUUUAGCAGUGAAAAUGCUGGAAAACAUUCUAAGACCUCAACUACUUGAAACGAUUCAGCAAAAGUGCCUUGCAUUAAAUUUAUACUGAAGUUUCACAAAAUUAUUUUGUGCACAUACAUUUCUUUUGGGUUUAUAAAUAUCUGUUUUUUGAGUGAAGCACAUGUUUUUAGAAGCUUUUGCAUUUAAAACUGGAAAAGGUAGUGUUUCAAGUUUUACUGUACAAGAUAAGUAAGUGUUCCAAACAGACAGGCUAUCUUCUACAAUAUGUGUAAAGGAAUAAGAUUAUAUGAGACUGUUCACUGAUGCAUUUUGUACUAUACUAUUUGUCACAUGACUAUAAACAGUAUGAGACAAUUACAGCAUCAGUGUCUCAUUAGAAGGCUGGACCAGUCCCCACAUAAGAUAAAUGUCUUGAUUAAGAUUAAUCAAGCUUCUCCUGUGCCCAUGUCCAGUGACCAGGUCUGUUAAAAAUGCCACCAGGUUCCCAUUUACAGCAGUUAUCUCCCUAUAACCUUAUUGAGUCUUCUACUUUUACAUACAUUAUCAUGGUUAUGUCUUUGUGUGCAGUUAAAUUGCUCAUGUCUGCUCUAUGUCUGAGCAGUUCUAAACUAAGCUUACAUUUAGUAUGUUUAAUUUUAACUCUUAAAGCCUCAACCAUGGAGACCCUACAUCAACCUCCCAGCCUGCUUUAUAUAAAUAUAUCAUCUAUCUCUUGCUGCCUAAUUAAUUUCUGUACCAACUGGGCACCUUCCAUAAUGGUAGGAACUUAUUGUCAGUCCUUAUUUUGCACAAUAACUUCAGUAAACUUUUUCCUUUUUGCCCCAACUUAUUAGAAAUAUCUAGCAUCAGAUAAAAAUUAAUUAAUCGCCCAAUGGUGAAUGUUGCUGCCAGUCAUUAACAUAUUAAUGAUGGAUAUUUUGGAAGAGGAGCAAAGUUUAAAUUAAUGCACAUAUUUUGAAGAUGCCUGGUCAACAAGGUAUAAAUUUUACAAAUAGAGGAAUAAAAUACAUCGGAUAGGUAUAUUAAAAUUUUCAACCUCUAAUAAAAUUGAGAACAGGCAUCAAUGGAACAUUUAGAUAUUUUUAGAGAUAUAUUUUGUUUAACCAUUUACGCUUAACAACUGUUACAAUUUGUACAAAUCCAUGCUCUUUACCUUCGCUAAACUUCUGAGUUCAUUGGGAAGCCCUCUUCUUAGGCCAUAAAGUUACAUUGAAUAUUUAAAUUUGCACGGAAUUACACAAUGUAAUUUAUUUCAUUGAUCAUUAUUUGCCACAAAUUUGCUGAAGUUCAACAUUAGGUUACUACAACUACACCUGGCCACAUCAAUUGAAUCUGGUGAGUUUUUGUGUCACAAAAAGUAUAAAGUUAAAUGUAGAAAUCCCUAGAUUGUUUUCCUAAAUCCGCUAUAUUUAAAUGUUUUCUUAAAUUCUUUUGAAUAUGAUCUCUAUGCUGGAUGUCAUGGCUCUCAGCAGAUCUGAUUGUGUUUAUUUUAAACUUCAGUUCGAUGUUUAAAUGCUUCUUUGACUAUUUUGCAUUUCAUGCCUUUUUUAAAUACGGUAUUCCUGUGUUUUGUCACUUGUUCCACAUUUCUGUCCUAAAGUUAUUAUGCCCGAUUUGACCUCAUUCAAGGUAACUCAUUAGCACAGCAUUAAUUGGGAUCUGUUGGUUCACACUGGGUCACUGUUCCACAGGUUACUAUGUUCUCCUGUAUUAUUCUCAUUUUUCCAGUUUCCCAAAUAAUUUCAGGUAGUGUGUAUUGACAGACUGAUCCUCCAAAGUGUCACCCAUACAAGAAAUUGCUGGAAAAACUCAGUGGGUGUGGCAGCAUCUGUGGAAAGAAAUCAGAAUUAACGUUUUCGGUCCAGUGACCCUUCUUCAAAAGGGUUAACUC